UUCCGUCGAACUGUUAUUGUGUAACACCGGGGCGGCGCUCUGGCGGCUUUUUUGAUUUCUGAUUUGUUCAGUGCUGUGAGACAGAGAGGAAAUGUUUACGCUUAUAAAUCAAAAUAAUUAUACAGCCGUUCUUCUUUUCGCUUGAUAGUUUCCUUCCCUUUGACCUACGUUGUUAAAUAUAGUUUCUACACUCUUGUUAAGAAUCAAACUGAUGUCAUGUUAAGUAACAUCAAGCUGUUAACGCGUUUGUCCAAAGCAGUGCAUCAUCUUCAGCAUGAGUGGCUCGGCUCCUCCGCUGAAAAAGAAAAGCUACAUGGGUCAGCACCAGAUCAAGAAGAAAAAGAGCUUCCAAGUUCCUGAUGAGCCACCAGAGAGAGACAACCUGUUGGAGAAGAGCCGCUAUCUGUCAGACAAAACAAACAGAUCAGAGAACAUCAGCAGAGACAGACUCAUGGGUGGAGAGGCAGUAUUUCCGCCGGGGCAAUCCACAUUGGCUCUUGAUGAAGAGAUGCUGCAGGUGCUGGAUGCUGUAGACCCUGUGAAGCCUGCAGCUGACAAAACGCAUCCAGCAUCAGUAAAUAGAGAUGUACAGGAACAACCUCCAGUUGCAGACAAUAAGAAGGAGAAUGACUCAGUGCUACAGGAGAUAGUCUGUGGGCGAAAUAGUGACUGUAAGAGACCAGGAUGGAGCGCUGACUGCAAAGACCUUGCUCAGAGGCUCCUCUUCAGUGAGGACUCGGAGGAAGCAGGGCAUGCUGAGAGGGGUCCAAAGAACGGCCAGUCAGUGCCAGCUUCUGCCUGCAUCAAUGGGCUUUGCUGUAAAGAAAUAAAAACUGGUCAGCAAGCAGACAGCUCCACCUGGCAGAAACAUGCAUCCAGAAGAAAUAGCUCUGCUCGUAGCGAGGACAAAAUUGGGCAAAAUUCGAAUGCUGAUCCACCCGUGGAUGUAUCCAGAGACUACAUCUUGUUCAGCCCUACAUGCCUGGCAGCUGCCAAGAAGAGGGCUAAACUCCAGAAUCAGUCCACCUCUGUGCUCACAGUCCCCAGUGGCUUAGACCUCAGUACUUUCAGUGACACUUUACCUCAGCCAGGCAUUGCCUUGUGUGCUCCUGCAGAGCAUGCUGAAAAGCUCUUGUUAUCCAGUUGGGGUUUACCAAAACCCGUCUUAGAGCGCUACCAGAAACACAGAGUGACUCAUAUGUUUGAAUGGCAGGCUCAGUGCCUCACUGUUGGGCAGGUGCUGCAGGGAGGAAACCUGGUAUACUCUGCACCUACUAGUGCUGGAAAAACUCUGGUUUCAGAGCUGCUGAUGUUGAAGCGUGUGUUGGAGACCAAAAGAAAAGCUCUCUUCAUUCUGCCUUUCGUUUCUGUGGCCAAAGAGAAGAUGCAUUACCUUCAGAAUGUAUUUGAAGAGGCAGGAGUCCGUGUGGAGGGAUACAUGGGCAGCACCUCAGCUGCUGGAGGUUUCAUGGCGCUGGAUGUGGCUGUUUGCACCAUAGAAAAAGCCAACUCACUCAUUAACAGACUAAUUGAGGAGGACAGUAUGGGUCUACUAGGUAUGGUUGUUGUGGAUGAGUUGCAUAUGGUUGGAGAUUCUGGAAGAGGAUAUCUACUAGAACUGCUUUUAACCAAGAUCCGCUACAUCGCACAAAAGCGGAACGCCUCUGGGUCCCUUUCUGAGGGUGUGCAGAUAAUAGGUAUGAGUGCCACCUUGCCUAACCUGUCCCUCCUGGCCAGCUGGUUAGGUGCAGAGCUUUACCAGACAGACUACAGACCGGUGCCCUUGCAGGAGCAUCUCAAGGUGGGAUGCAGCAUCUAUGACAGGAGCCUCUCAGUGGUUCGGCAGUUCACUCCUGCUCUUCACAUUAAGGGUGAUGAUGACCACAUAGUGAGCUUGUGUUAUGAGACGGUGAGGGACGGCCACUCUGUGUUGCUUUUCUGCCCCUCGAAGAACUGGUGUGAGAAACUUGCAGACAGCAUUGCCAGAGAAUUCUACAACCUCAGACAUACUGACUGCCAGGGUGAAGCAGAGCCCCAGCCAGUGUGUCUCGAUCAGGAGGGACUAGUGGACGUCAUAGCCCAGUUGAGACGAACUCCGGCCGGUUUAGACCCCAUCCUCCAGCGCACUGUGCCAUGGGGGGUGGCCUUUCACCACGCUGGUUUGACAUUUGAUGAGCGCGACGUGUUGGAGGGAGCUUUUCGUCAUGGCAUGGUGAGGGUCCUGGCCGCCACCUCUACCCUCUCUUCAGGAGUUAAUCUCCCAGCCCGCAGGGUCAUCAUUCGAACCCCUACGUUCAAUGGCCACUUGUUGGACCCACUCACGUACAAACAGAUGGCUGGACGAGCAGGGAGAAAAGGAGUAGACACUACAGGUGAAAGUGUGCUUUUGUGUAAGGAGGCAGAGCGUCAGAAAGGUAUCAGCCUCCUUAAAGGUGCUCUUCGGCCAAUCAGCAGCUGCCUGGUGAAAAGGGAGGGAGAAGGUGUCACCACCAGCAUGCUGCGAGCCAUACUGGAGAUCAUUGUUGGAGGUGUAGCCAGCACUCCACAGGAUGUGAAGUUGUAUGCUUCAUGCUCACUACUGGCCACCAGCAUGAAAUGCAGCAGCAAAGAAGAGUCAAAUGAAGAGACCAGCACAGGGGCUAUUGAAGCCUGUGUUGAAUGGUUGAUGGAGAAUGAAUUUAUCAGUAUCCAAAAGGAAGGACAAGAGGAGCGGUACUGUCCUACUCAGCUUGGUGCUGCCACCCUGUCCUCCUCCCUCUCCCCUCCUGAGGCUCUGGGAAUAUUUGCAGAUCUCCAGCGGGCUAUGAAGGGCUUUGUGCUGGAAAACGACUUACACAUCCUGUAUUUGAUCACACCACUGUACGCAGAGUGGACUACCAUUGAUUGGUAUCAGUUCUUCUGUCUGUGGGAGCAGCUCUCGUCAUCGAUGAAGAGAGUGGCAGAGUUGGUGGGCAUUCAGGAAGGCUAUCUCGCUCGGUCUGUCAGGAGCAACCUUGUCGCUAAGACAGAAAAGCAGCAUAGACAAAUGGCUAUUCAUAAACGGUUCUUCACCACUCUUGUACUACAGGAUCUGGUGAAUGAGGUGCCUUUGGGAACAGUAGCAUCCAAAUACAACUGCAAUCGCGGGCAGUUACAGUCUCUCCAGCAGUCUGCGUCUACAUAUGCAGGUAUGGUAACGGUGUUCUGCAAGCGUCUCGGCUGGCACAAUAUGGAGCUGCUGUUGUCCCAGUACCAGACCAGGCUGAGCUUUGGAGUCCAGAGGGAGCUGGUUGACCUGGUCAGGGUUUCCCUCCUGAAUGCAACACGAGCCAGAGCACUCUAUGCACAAGGCCUCUGUACUGUUGCUGAACUAGCCAGGGCUACAGUAGCUGAUGUUGAGAAAGCCUUGAGGAAUGCUGUCCCAUUUAAGAGCUCUAAGCGUGCGGUGGACGAGAGUGAGAUGGAAGCAGCUGAGCGACGGAACCUUCGCUGUGUCUGGGUCACCGGUGGACGGGCUCUGACAGAACAGGAAGCGGCCGUUGAGAUCGUUUUUGAGGCAAGGCUCCUCCUUCAGGAAGACCUGGCACAGCUAGGAAUUCAGUGGGACCCGACAACACUUCCUCCAGGGGCUCCUGCUGUCAACAGCGCUGAUGACCAUCCCAGCAGUGACUCAGACAACUCAUCUGGCUCAUAUGGCAGCUCACAAGAAGCACAGACAGACAGCACCACAAACCACCAAGAGGGAGACGGGGGUAAGAAAAGCAACAGAGGAGAUAUUGGCAGGUGUAGAGAGGAGAGUAAGAAAGAAUCUAAAAGCGAGAAAAUAAAAAGCAGACGAGAGGGAGAAACCAGUCGAGAGCAGGGAUGCAAACCUGAAGCAGUGGAGGUAAAGAAAAAAUUGGGAGACAGGAGCGAACCAGAAAGAGUUUCAGUGGAAAGAGUGAUAGAGGUGAAGCAUGAACAAAUACAAAAUAAAUCUGUGGCAAAUGAAACAGAAAAGCAAGAUGAAAAAAGAGACAGAGAAAAGAGUGAGGAAUUAAAACAAAGAGGCCAAGAGUUCAGAAAAGCAGUGCAGAAAGAAGGGGAUGCAUAUAAAGUCUCACUCAGACCAGAGGGUCAACAAGCAAAUUGGUCCGUCCGUCCUGAAAGAAGCCUGACACAAGAACUUGCGGAGAUUGUAUCCAGCCCCCUGCCUCAACCCCAACCACCUCCUCAGCCUUGUCGUUCCCCCAUGGUUCCUCCUCGGUUUAGAGCCACGAUUUCCAGGGUAGAAGAACAACAAAGUGUUUCCACAAAGACAUCAAAAGUAGACAAUACCAUGGAUGCCUCACCUGUGCAGCCAGGUAGACUGAAACAUUCAAGAGCCCUAAGCAAAGUCCUCCACUCCAUACAAACUGACAAAAGCCUACAAGAUAAUGUGGAGACUGUGCAGACAUCACACUCGCCAAACCUCCCUUUAGUUGCUUCGGUCCAAAACUCAGCACUUGCAGCUCGGGUGACUACCAACACCGUUCCUGCUCCUGGCCCCGCGCAACAAAGUCCUCCCACUGUUUCUGCUCCAACAAAUGCAGACAUGUCAGAUUCUCCUCUGCCUGUCUCUCCUGCCUCAGCUCCCUUAUUCUCACCUGAGGCCAAGCGAAGAAGGAUAGAAGGUGGAGAGAAAGAUAAGUUUUCAUCUCCUGAGUUGUAUGCAGGAGAUGAAGGGGUUCAGGGAGAUGUCAAAAAGGGAGAAGAGAGUUUCGGUGACAGCUUUGAAUUGGACACUCAGACAGAGAGAAUCAUUGUUCAACAAGCGUAUCAACCCAGAGAUGGGAAUGAUAGAGGUGUGAAUGAGUCGGUAGAAACUGAACAGAUGAAAGAGGAGGAAAUGGUAGAAGCAGCUGCAAAGCUUGAGGGAGACGCAGAUGAAGGAAGAAGCAGGCUGGAAGCUCCUAACGAUGCUUGUCCCAGAUUCAAUAUUUCUCUCACAGAUAGCCAGAUGGAGCUCAUCCUAAACACCAGCCACCAGAUUUCUCCUGAUCCAGAUGGUGGUAAUAACAUGGAUGAGGAUAAAGAUGAAGGUGGUGAUAACGAUGAGGCACCUGUUGCCAAUCAGGUUGCUUCUGAGAGUCCUAACAGAAGCAGUAGCUUCCUGUUCGACAGCCUGUAUGACAGCUCUCUGAUGGCUGCUCUGAGUCCACACCAGAUCGACCAAUCAGAAAAAGAAGAAUCUGUCAGCCAGGAGGUCAGAGAAGAACGCCCCCUUUCGUCAACCCAGGAGAGACGGCGCAGCGAGCUUCUCGCCAACCAGGAGGCGGAAAAGCAGGAGGCAAUCCAAUGGGGUGAGUCCUUCCUCAACCUGUCAGAGUGGGGUGAUUCGCUGCUGGUGGGCGAACGCUUUCUGGAGAGGCAGAGCGUGCUCAGACACACGGAGAGAACUCAAAAAGAUCAAGAAGCCAGCCAGCAUGAAGCUCAGCAACCCAACGCAGACCAAUUAUCGAAUUCACAAUCUGAACCUGGUCAGAUACAGCCACAACCUACGACUACCACUACUACUACUAAAACUACUACCACAACUCAAAAUGAGUAUGAGAAGGAUAAAGCCAGUAAUAAUCCAGACCCUACAUACAGAAGAGAAGAGCGUAAAAAUGAGAAACAGUUAGAGAAGAAAAGAAAGGAGGAGAAAAUGAAUACUUUACUGUUAGAUAAUGCAGUUUUAAAACAUCCUCAUGUCCAAAAUGCACCUGAAAAUACUCUUUAUUGCAGUCCUGGUCUACAAGAGAUCUUUGACCUCUGGCCUAGUAUGUCUGACCAGCCCUGGCAAAACACUACAAUAAGUCUCACAAGCAAUCACACACACACGGCUGCUGCAGCAGAAGCUCCAAAAAUACCUCCGCCCUCUAUACAUUUGGGCAGAAAAAGAGGAAAUCUGAAUGUGCAGGUCGCUGCUGCUGAGAGUGAUUCUGGAGAACCCUCCAGACAUGACACUGACCUUAUCCCACCUACUCAGGAAACACCACCUGUCACACCAAGAAUAAAACUGACCACCUCGUCUGUCCAGUCGCCACUCAGGCUCGCUAAGCCUCUCAACCAGUCGACUCCCUCCGCCUUCCUGCCAGGGAAACCAGCAGCUCCAAAGUGUCCUAAAACUCACCCAGGACACAGUAAUGAUCCAUCAGCAGCUAUCAACCACAAACGCCAGCUGGGACACAAACCCAAGACUCUACCUGAAUCUGACACCAAAGUAACCCCCACUUCUCUUUCACGCUCAACUUUAAAAUCCAAACCCCUUCCACAUGCAGACCAGAACCUCAGCCCUCCCCAAGACUGCGCUUCUCCAUCCUCCCUUCAGCCGAAGCCUCCCUCUGAUACAGAGUCGCCCGUGACUGAUGAAGGCUUCACUCUUCAGCUGUCCCAGGAUGCAUUGCUUUGUUCCAGCAACUCUGGGACCUUCUCCAUCAUAGACGUGGCAAGUGACAGGCGCCUCUUCCACACUUUCAUCAAUGAGUGGAAAACCAAGGAUCGGUACUCUCUGGCUUUGGCCUGUGAAAAGAAGGAGCACAGACAGCAGCCUGAGGAGGAAAUAGGAGGGAAACAUAAGAGAGCGUCAACAGCUCAUCAGAAGCUCCACAGGGCCGAUGGUUUUCCUCUGAGAGACAGUGAAGGGCUGGUGCUGAUUGGACUAUCUGUCUGCUGGGGAGCAAGAGAUGCAUACUACAUAUCCCUGCAGCAAGAGCAGAGCAAAGGUUUGAGCUGUAGUCUGGCCCCUCCUCCGCUGGAUGAUGAUUUGCCAGUGAGCGAGAGGCUGGGGCAGGUAAAGGCCUGUCUGAGCAGGCCGUCAGCUGGUCAUGGAAGGGGUGUGGUUGUCAUGUAUGACAUCAUCCAGGUGUACAAGUCGCUAGUGCAGAGCUGUGGCAUCAGCUUGGAGGGUAACUGCGAGGACCCAAAGGUGGCGUGUUGGCUGGUUGACCCUGGCAGUGAGGAGAGGACUCUACCCAAUAUGGUGACCGUCUUCUGCCCUGAAGAAUUACCUCUGUUAGAUGGACUUGGGAAUGCACACGUACACUGUCCCCGUGUCAGAGCAGCGACCAAGAGUGUGCUCAUAUAUGCUGUCAUGAACCAUCUCACUGGCCUGCUAGAGAAAGAUGGCAUGCUCGACUCUUUCAGGAACAUUGAGAUGCCUUCCCAGGUGUGUUUGGCUCUGCUGGAACUGAAUGGAGUGGGCUUCAGUAUUGAAGAGUGCGAAAGGCAAAAACACGUGAUGCAAGCCAAAAUCACAGCGUUGGAAUCUCAGGCUUACAACCUGGCUGGACACAGCUUCUCCCUCACCAGCAUCGACGACAUAGCACAGAUUUUGUUCUUAGAGCUCCACCUGCCUCCAAACGGUGAUGUGGGUGGAUCAAAAAGUAAGAGGACUCUGGGCUACACCCGUAGAGGUGGUGGCAGAAUACGGCUUGGAAAGCAGUUCAGUACCACAAAGGAUGUUCUGGAGAAGCUUCGACCUCUGCACCCAUUGCCAGGUGUGAUUCUGGAGUGGAGGAGGAUCACCAAUGCUUUGACUAAAGUGGUGUUCCCCCUGCAGAGGGAGAAGCAAUACCACCCCACGCUGGACAUGGACAGAAUAUACCCCAUUGCUCAGACACACACAGCCACAGGUCGAGUGAGCUUCACUGAGCCCAACAUACAGAAUGUCCCCAAAGACUUUGAGAUUCACAUGCCCACAGUGGUGGGUGAGAGCCCACCCUCACAAGAUGGCGGCUGCAUGUCCACCAAAGCAGGAAAGAAGAGACGCUCCGUGGUGCCUUCAGUUCCAGCUGGAGGUGCAGAACAAGGCCCAGCCUUCUCUGUCAGCAUGAGACAUGCCUUCGUACCUUUUUCAGGUGGAAUGAUAUUAGCAGCUGAUUAUUCCCAGCUGGAGUUGAGAGUGUUAGCUCAUCUCUCCAAGGAUCAACGUCUGCUGCAGGUGCUGAAUGGAGGAGCAGAUGUGUUUCGCUGCAUCGCUGCCGAGUGGAAGAGUGUCGACCCCGAGAAUGUGAACGACAGCCUCAGACAACAGGCAAAACAGAUUUGCUAUGGCAUUAUUUAUGGGAUGGGAGCCAAGUCUUUGGGGGAGCAAAUGGGAGUGGAGGAGAAUGAUGCAGCCUGCUACAUAGAGAGUUUCAAGGCCAGAUACAAAGGGAUCAACACUUUUCUCAGGGAGACGGUGAAGAACUGUAUAAAGAAUGGCUACGUUCAGACUCUGAUGGGCCGUCGCAGAUAUCUACCUGGAAUCACUAACACCAACACGCACAUCAAAGCACAUGCAGAGCGUCAGGCAGUGAACACAGCUGUUCAGGGCUCAGCAGCAGACAUUGUUAAACUUGCUACUGUGAACAUCCAGAAACGACUCCAGAAAACAUACCCUGCAGCUCCACUGUCUCACCAGCACACACGCUCAGCCGGUCAUCACCGCAGGGCUGGGAAGUCUCAUCUGAGAGGAGCGUACUUUGUCCUGCAGCUGCAUGAUGAACUCAUCUACGAAACUGCAGAGGAAGACCUCAUACAGGUUGCUCAGAUAGUCAAGAGAGAGAUGGAGUCAGCGGUCAAACUGUAUGUAAAGCUAAAGGCCAAAGUCAAGGUGGGACCCAGCUGGGGUAAUUUGCAGGACCUCGAUAUAUAAUGUUUUAGUGCUGUGGAAUCAAAUACCAUGCAGUCAUUGCUUAAGGUUGUGUGAUAUGUAAAUUAUUUGUACUAGUAUUUUUAACAAUUAUAUGAAAAGGAAUGAAAUGUAAGACAAAUCCAGUCUACAUGAACUUUAUAUCUCUAGAAUGUAUUUAUAAUUAUAUUUUUGUGUACAGUGUCAAAUUAUACUUGUAAAAAAAAAAUUACAUUUCUUUUAUUGGUGUCCCAAUACUUGUUAUUAAUGAGAUUUUGUGUAUGAUGGUAUCCGGUGUUAUGUAAUAAACUAAAACAAAAUAAGAGUACUUGAGCGAAUUGGUUUUUCCUCCAUUUUCAAAGCUUGUGAUGCUUUUAAAACAAAGACUCUGAGCCUCUUUAGUCUUGAGGACAUCCUGAAAACUCACAUUUUAUUGGACCAUUGGUUGAGUUGUCUGUCACAAGAACAUACAUCAUUAUCAUUGUCACUCGUUAACACUGUUUUGUUUUACAUUUAUGACAUUCACUGCACAAGAAGUGUUGUCAGAAUGAGACAUUUUCUUUGCAAAGUGAAAUUUACCGCCUUUGUUUAUGGGGAGAGAAAUAAAUGUGUUCAAGGAAGCAUUUUGUGUGACUUCAGUCUUAGUUAUUUGGCUGCAGGCCAGAGGGUCAUUUUUUUAAGACACAGAUGAUAACCUGUUAGAGGACUGUCUCCUCAGGUGGUUCUCAAUAACAUUAGAUUGUUAAAUGAUUCUAUUUAAAAGUAUAUUGACAUUAUUGCCACUAUAAGCCAAUGCAGACUAUUUCAAAUACCUUUUUCAAAACUAUGCAUAAGGCAAUUUAUACCUCUGGAUAAACACUUUUAGGAUGAAUUUUUUCAUCGUUGAUUAACAAUUAACCAGUGCACCAUGACUCAGAGCUCAUUAACCGGCUCAGUUUGACACAGAAACUGACAAAAAUGAGUAACAAGUAAAUAAAUACAUGUCAUGGACACACAUCCAUAAACAAAUGCAACAAAUAAAUCAUGAACAGUUAUGAUUUAAAAAAAAAAAACAAAAACAAAACAGUAGGAGUGUGAUCCCAGAUGUUGGUACAGUUAUAUCGUGUCUGUCAAAAAAACCUUUUUCUGUGUGUGAAACAGCCUUUCAACUCAUGCAAUGAUUUAAUCUAAUGAACAUAUUGUUUA